CUUCCUCCCAGAGGCACUUUGAAAAUCUCGCGAUAGCCUUCCCUUUUCCCAUAACUCCGUGGGCUUGCCCCUCCCGUCCUCUUUCCGCCAUCUUUCCGUGCCGCCAUAAUGGUGCGCAUGAAUGUCCUGGCUGAUGCUCUCAAGAGUAUCAACAAUGCUGAAAAGAGAGGCAAACGCCAGGUUCUUAUCAGGCCGUGCUCCAAAGUCAUCGUCCGGUUUCUAACUGUGAUGAUGAAGCAUGGCUACAUUGGCGAAUUUGAAAUUAUUGAUGACCACAGAGCUGGGAAAAUUGUUGUAAACCUUACCGGCAGGUUGAAUAAGUGUGGAGUAAUCAGCCCCAGAUUUGAUGUACAACUCAAAGAUCUAGAAAAAUGGCAGAACAACCUGCUUCCAUCCCGUCAGUUUGGUUUCAUUGUACUGACAACCUCAGCGGGCAUCAUGGACCAUGAAGAAGCAAGACGAAAACACACAGGAGGGAAAAUCCUGGGAUUCUUUUUCUAGGGAUGUAAUACAUAUGUGCAAAUAAAAUGCCUCAGUGGACUCUGGUGCUUCACUCGGUCGUUUUGAACGUGACAGCAGAGUAGCAAGAGCUCCCGCAGCAGUGUGCAGCCUUUGUAUUAAUUGGUGAAUGCUGUUUCCCUGAAGUGAACAAGAAAGUCUUGGUUUGUGAUUACUCCACCGUCACCCUCAUGGCUCAGCACAGGAGGGUGUCUGGCCCUGGAUAGCUGAGUCUGGGUUGGGGUCCAAGUGGUGAAGCUGUCCCUUUCUGGGGUCUUAUGUCAACCCUGGAAAGAGUGGUGCCUUUUUUCUUGUUUUUAGCUUGAUACAGUACUCACUCCAUGCACUGUUAACUGCCCUGAAAAUACAUGGUUAGUUAACUAUGUAAGUGCUUGUAAGGAAGCAGGCAGGAGGAAGACAGCUAGAGCCCUCAGCUCACUAAGACCUCAAAGUAAAUUUGGAUGGCAUGUCAGUAAGAUUUUUAGCAAUGUGUGUUUGUAAAGUGGCAUUUUAAAAAAUGAAACAUCGUUUUAAAAUUGUAGUUGUACU